GAGGGUUUACCAGUGAGGUGAGAUUGAAACUUUGGCGGGGGUGCUAGGGCAUAUUUCAGCUGAUCCAAAUCAAAUCGAUUUUUCAAUUUCGUCCUUGUAAUUUCUCUUGGGUUGCCAUGGAGACCCCCAAAAAUGACCCGCCUUUGAUUCUUGAUCGUACCUCUCGCGCCACCAGAGGGAAGAGAAUGACCAAAUUACUUGAUGAGGAAAUCGAAGAGGACGAGAUGUUCUGGAAUCAGGAGGCUCUUAAAGAGGAUGAAGAGGAUGGUAACUAUGAAGCAGAGCCUGAGGUUGCUGACGAGUUUGAUAGUGACUUCGACGAAGAUGAGCCAGACCCGGACGAAGGAGAAGAUAACAACGAGGCAGAGGAAAGAGUUCAGACAAAGAAGCGGUUGAUAUUUCCGGGAAAGCAAUCAAGCAAGAAGAAGAAGAAGAAGAAAGUGCUAACGGAAUUAGAGAAAGAAUCUAAGGUUGAAAAUGAGAAAUCUUCCCAACCUGAACAGCAUCACGAUGCUCCUGAGGAAGGAGAAGGAGAGAGAAUCGUGAGAAAAUCUUCAAGAACUUCAGUGAUUAUCAGGCAAGCCGAGAGGGAUGCAAUACGUGCGGCUUUGCAAGCAACCAUGAAGCCGAUAAAGAGAAAAAAGGAAGGCGAAGAGAAGAGGAUGACCCAAGAAGAGAUGCUUUUAGAAGCAGCUCAAACAGAAAUUAUGAACUUGAGGAAUUUGGAGCGUGUUCUAGCAAGGGAGGAAGAAGUUAAGAAAAGAGCAAUUGUGCACAAAGCUGUCUAUACUGGCCCGCAAGUACGAUAUUUCUCAAAAGAUGGUUGCUCAUAUCUGGAAUUCAGUAGAGGAUUAUCAUUUCAGUCUGAAAUCUCUACCACGACUGCUCCCUACCCUGAGAAAGCUGUUUGUGCAGUUACUGGUUUACCUGCCAAGUACCGUGAUCCAAAGACAGGGCUACCUUAUGCAACAAAAGAAGCUUUUAAAAUUAUUCGCCAGCGGUUUCUACUUGAAAGUGGUCGGGUCAGGAAAGAGAUGGACCUGGGAGAUUUGCACGAUUCACUUUCUGGGAAAGGGUUUUUGGCAAGGCGGAAGAGAUCAGUGUCGUCAAAUAAAAUUGAUGUGUCGUAUUCACGUUACUUUGCACGUUUCCGCAGAAUUCCAGCUCUUGAAAGUGAAUCUUCUGAUUAACUUCCAUGGUAAUCUGAAGAGUUGGUGUUGCUCAAUGUUUCAUGGUACUCCAAAGGUUUUGUUUGCUGCGUGCUUUUUAAAAAAAGGAAGAAAUGUUAUGUACUUUUUGGGCGGAGGCCUAAUUAUUAAGAUACAAACAAGGAUCUUAUUUGUCAUCUUCACGAGGAAAGACGAUAAAAGCUCUAGGAAGAAGAAGGCUUGCAGACUAGCAUUAUCCAGUUGUGUUUUGGCAGUAGUGUUCCGUGCUGCCAUGGUGCAAUCCAAGACUCGAUCAUGCUUGCAGGGAACGCCAAUGUCCAACCAAAGCACUGUGUUAUAUAAUGAAGAGCGUAUGACUUGCAACAGGAGGAAAGCCUGGGUCCUAGCAUAUCCAAGACAUUAUUAUUAUGUAAUUCAAGUAAUUGUUAGAUGUCACGUUGAUCAUUGAAAGCUCUUGUCUGAGUGUAUUUUGUUUCCGACAUAUGCCGCGCAACAGAGAAUUUUGUCCAGUUUUGGCCUUCUAUUAAUCUGGUCAUUUCAA